AUGACUUCCAGGAGGCCAAUGACUCGCUCUUUUUCUGGCAAUGGGAGGACAAGCAGCUUCAGUGAAGAGGAGGGCGGCUCUUCCAAUGGCCGUUCAGAGAGCCGCAAUACUUACCUCUCCAAUGUUAGGCCUGAGAACAGCUAUUCAAGGUAUUCUCACUACAGGCCAACGAGGAGCACAUUGUGCAGCGUCAUGGCUCAGCUGACUGAGGACAUACAGCCGUCUUUUGAGAGCACCUUGAAAUCAAAAGCAGUGUCAGAAAACUGUAAUGUGAAGUUCACCUGUGUGGUAUCAGGAUACCCAGCUCCAGAACUGAAAUGGUAUAAAGAUGAUAUGGAAAUGGACCGCUACUGUGGACUCCCAAAGUAUGAAAUUCGCCGUAAUGGAAAAAUCCACACCCUCCAUAUUUACAACUGCACAUUGGAUGAUGCAGCCAUCUAUCAGGUCUCAGCCAGCAAUAGUAAAGGUAUUGUAUCCUGCUCGGGGGUUUUGGAGGUUGGCACCAUGAAUGAGUACAAGAUCCACCAGAGGUUCUUUUCCAAGCUGAAGCAGAAAGCAGAGAAGAAGAAGAGAGACUUGGAGGACCACACCAAGAAGGGGGAUAAAGAAAACUUUCAGAGAGAGAAACCACGAGGUAGCCCUGAACGUCCUCAAAGGAAGCGACCCGUCCCACAGCCAGAGCCAAUCCCAGCAGUCAAGGAGCCUGAAACUGUGAAGCAGGUGCAGGCUGCCGCAGAACCCAAUGGAGUUAGCUCUGAAGUCAAGGAAACAGCCCCUGUGACAUCCACAGAAAGUGCCAUGGAGAAGGAGACACCCCCAUCUGAAGUAACCUUGGCCACAAAGAAAAUAAAGAUCACUAAUGGUUUAGAUGACACCAGCAGCAACAGUAGCAACAGCAGAAGCCAUAUGAUGGGGAAUGGUGGUGAAAACUGUUACGAUGGAGGAAUCAGUUUGGCACAAUUUUUGGCAGAGACUCUCCAGUCCCAAACUAAUGAUGAGAAGCAGAACUCCCCUCGUGAGGAGAAACCUAGGGAGAUGGAUACGCCUAUUGUAAAUGCCAGUAAAGACCAAGAGAAGAAGCAAAAAGAGAGGGAAGAACAGGAAAAAAUACUAGAGGAAGAAUAUGAGAUAGAGAAAAAGAGAGAACAAGAAUUGGACAUAGAGAGGGAGAAAGAAAAAGAAAGGCUCUCAGAGAUGUUGAAUAUAACAGAGCACCAAAAACAUGAUUCAGUAGUCAAACAUCACAGCAAGGCUCAUAAGGAUCACGACCACCACAACAUCCAUACUUCCAUCUCCUCUAUGCUCCACACGGUCAAAGACUUCCUCUUUGGUAAGGGUAAGAAAGACUCUUAUGAUCACAUUGAGAACAAGGGGAGAGAGUUUGACCACUCGCCCACCUCAACGCAUCCUAGAUCGCAAACGCCACCCUCAUUUUGGCUGCAGCCUGAGCAUCAUCCAGAGGUGGACAAGCCUCUCACAGAGGAAGUUGUUCCUAUGGAAACUGAUAAACCACAGGAGCCUUUGGAAACUGUGGAUAUAGAACAACAGUCAGUAUCAACAGAGCUGUUGACGCCACAUAAACAUAAGCAUGAAGAUAGUGUCCUACACACAGACGUGCCACCAGCUCAUAAAUUGCCCCCUGAGAGCAUAGAGGAGUCAACAGGCCAGAGUGUCAAGGAGGCUGAUGAUACUGUAGAGGCCAUGGAGGUGUCUGAGGGGGCAGAGAGCAGCGGUCCUCAUGAAGAGAUGUCAUUGUCUGGGCUUCAAGUUCUCACUGAGGGUGAGGAGAAAGAUUCUCAGCUUCCCUUAGACCAUCAAGAUCUUGAUUGUCUGGUAGUUUCACCACAGCCUAAUCAACAGUCUGCACAAGAUGAGUCUUCACCCAGAGAAGCUAUAUCUGUCUUGCCACAAACCCAAGCCCAUCAUGAAGAAGAAUGCCCCCUGACAUCCACCCUCACUAGUUUGAAAGAUAGCCAGGCUACCCCUUGCAAUGUUAUCUCAGCGACAGACAGCCACUGCCUUAGUGAGACACCCACUGAGCCUGUGCAAGAAGAAGAGAUGAGCGUUGAUAAGAAGGGUAAAGAAACUGAGCCUGACACAGAAGAGGGCCAUUCUUCUACUGAGUUAUAUAAACCGAAGCCUGUUGAAACUACAAAGGUGCCUUUGUUUGUGGUACCACCAAUCUCUGUUACUUGUGAUGAAAGUGAUUUGAGACUGCCCACUCAAUGUGAGUCGACAGAAACAGAAACCUCAGCUGCCAAGCAAAGGGAAACAAAGCCUGAUGUUGACAAUAAUGCAACCACUAAGCCUGAAAAGACUCAGAACAAGGAAGAAUUGGCAGAAAAAAGUACAACAGAAAACACUCCCUCUGUGCUACAUGAAGCUCCAAUUCCAAAGCUUGGUGACAAUGUACCAUCAUUGAGCAAAACAACUGAAGACAACAUUAUCCCUGAAAUAUUGAAAACAAAACCCCUGAAAGAGGCCAAGGUAGAGAACUCUGUGACUGUUGAGGACCUCCUAAAAAAUAGAUCCUCUGUUGAGAGACUGACCUUCAAACCCCCAACACAUCCAUCUCUGAGUCCAGCCAGCCUCCGUAAAUUUAUGUCCAAGUCUGCUCCCGAUUCAGACAAUGAGGCCAUGACAACUGUCCCUGUAAUCACUUUGGGUGACCGUCAGAGUGACAAAGCAGAUGAAGAUUUAAGUGGAGGAUCGACACCAACAUCAUCCCUCUCCUGUGAAAACAGUCCUAGGCUCAAGCGGAGAGACAGCCUGUCACUCAUACGCUCUGCCACGCCGGAGGAGUUGGCCUCUGGGGCCCGCCGCAAGAUUUUCAUCCCAAAACCUAAAGAAGAUGGAGAGGGUGUUGACACUCAAAGCAAGAAGGAGACCCCCUACAUGUCACCCAGCCAGGCUCGCAGAGCAGCAUUACUACAAGCUCCCAUGGGACAAAACACCCCACCAAUGGAGAGGCGCUCUCCGCUGCUGAGCCGCAGAAAGGCCACACUGGAGGUUCCAAAAGUUGUGGAGGAGAUACCAACAGAAGAGCCAGUCAGCACCAAGCAAGAGAAGAAACAUGCUGAAAAGAAGCUGGACCCACUGAAAGCACCCCAGGUCAUCCGUAAGAUCAGGGGAGAGCCUUUCCCAGAUGCCUCCGGACACCUGAAGCUGUGGUGCCAGUUUUUCAACGUGCUCAGUGACUCCACCAUUAAGUGGUACAGAGAUGAAGAGGAAAUACUCGAGGUGAAGAGAAGUGGAGGAGAUGAAAGCCAGGUAGCGCUGGCUAUUGUGUUGGCAUCCAGCCCAGACUGUGGGGUGUAUGGCUGUACGAUCAAGAAUGAAUAUGGGACUGACACCACUGACUACCUCCUCAGUGUGGACAUUCUGUCUGAGAUACUACUUAAAGAUGAUUUGGAAGUUGGAGAGGAAAUAGAGAUGACCCCACUGCUGUUCAACAAAAGUAUUGCUGAUUGUGGCAACUGGGGUAACAAAUACUUUGGCCGCAUUAUGAGUGAGAUGGUGAAUAUUGGGGAAGGCUGUGCCCAUAAAGCCAGCAGAGUGAAGGUAAUUUAUGGCCUGAAUCCUGUCUUUGAAUCUGGAAGCACCUGCAUCAUCAAAGUUCAAAACCCCAUUGGCUAUGGGACCAAACAGGAGAGCAAUCUUGCAGAGAGAAAUCUAGAGAUUACGAGACAAGAGUGCAAAAUCCAAAACCUGAUUCGAGAAUACUGUAAAAUUUUUGUAGCUGAAGCAAGAGUUCUUGAAAACUUUGGCCAUUCUUUAGAAGUGAUACCUCAGUAUCUGAUGUACCGGCCUGCGAACUCUGUGCCAUAUGCCACCGUGGAGGCUGAUCUCAAGGGUGUCUUCCUCAAGUAUUGUAUGAUGGAUCCUAAAGGCAGACUGAUUACACGAACUAUCUCUGAAGUGGAGCAGAAAUGCUGCACAUUCCAGCACUGGAUCCAUCAGUGGACGCAUGGCAAUUUACUGGUCACUCAACUGGAGGGUGUUGAAAUGAAGAUUACUAAUGUCAGAGUUGUGACCAAGUCAAAAGGAUACCAAGGACUAACAGAGUGUGGCUCUCCUCAAGUGUUCGAACAGUUCCUGACACAGCAUAAGUGCAACUACUACUGUGGACUUCUUGGCCUGCGCCCACUGAAGACUAUGGAUAGUCUGCAGCAGCCCUCCAAGAUGAAGGGCUCCAGGAGCCCCCUGCUCAACCGCAAGUUGAGUACGGGGUCCGGCAGUCCACAGCUGCAGCGGAAGGGACACAGCCCUCAAAUGUCUAGAAAGGCAACUUCUAGCCCAAAGGUGACUCGAAAAGUCCAGGAGAUAGAGGACAAUAAAUCAGGUGCCAAACUCAAGACUGCAGAAACUCUUAAUGUUCUUGAAACAAGGUAGGAAAAAAGGCCUCUUGUGUCAUGUAAGAUGUUAUUGCUGUUGGUGGUUUAGCAUUACCUGUUUCUUUCCAUUUAUCAGAGCCAGCAAGGACUUGAAGAGUAAAAUUUUAAGAAAAUGCAAAGUUUGUUGAUCUGAAUUGUGUUGUAAAUUUACUGUGAAUUUUUCAGUAGCCAUUACAACUAUGAGACAUCCCUCUCCCAGCUAGUCAGUUAACUUCUUACUCUAGUAAAGCUUCAUGAGAAUAUGUGGCGCGACGGGCACAGGGUCUUCGACCUCAUAGCUCAUAGACACCGAACAGCAAAAUCAGGGUGAGAUAUUAGAGUUGACUUUUGACUAUUAAAUAGUUUGAAAC